AUGUGUAACGACCAAUCCGGGCCUCCGGUCAACCAUGGGCCUGUCAUUGUGGCUGAUGAAAUUACGGAUGAUAACGCAUCAGAAAGAUUGACGAGUAUCGCAUCUUCAACUCACAGCUUAUCGAGCUCGAUCCUUCAACACCGUCAUGAAAAUGGCAGAACUUACCACAAAUACAAAGCGGGAAGAUACAACUACCCUAAUGACGAACGGGAGAUGGAUAGGUUAGAUUUCCAACAUGAGCUCUUCCUCUUGACCCUUCAUGAAAGACUGGGGCUUGCUCCACCGAACGAGCCAGGCUCGAAGGUCAAUCGCGUACUCGACCUGGGGACCGGUACUGGCAUCUGGGCUAUUGACUUCGCCGAUGAACACCCGGAAGCAGUGGUAUACGGCGUAGACCUCUCGCCUACACAAACGACCGCCGUCCCACCCAACAUCAGAUUUGAGGUUGACGAUAUAGAAGAGACAUGGACAUACCGUGAGCCGUUCGAUUACAUACACUGCCGUGCAAUGACGUCGUCUAUAUCAGAUUGGAGGAAGCUCCUCCAGCAAGCAUACGACCAUCUUGAGCCCGGGGGUUGGUUCGAAUUGCAAGAAGGUCAUGUCCGACCCUUGUCCGACGACGGGACGCUAACUCGAGAGCACUCACUAUCAAGAUGGGCAGAUUACAUCGAAGAGGCGUGUAAUAUCAUGGGCCGCCCUUUUGUAAAUGUGCUUUCCCUUGUGGAAGUCAUGAGAGAGAUCGGCUACGUCAAUGUGACGUAUAGCACGUUCAAGUGGCCUCUCAAUACUUGGCCCAAGGAUGAGCAUUAUCAGACCCUCGGCCAUUUUAACCAUGAGAAUUACAUGGAAGGGAUUGAAGGCUUCACACUUGCGCCUUUCACUAGGGCCCUCAAGUGGUCACGGGAAGCGGUCGAUAUGUUUCUCGUUGGCGUGCGGAACGAUCUGAGAAACAGAUAUAUACACGCAUACAUUCCCAUUCAGUUGAUACAUGCGCGCAAGCCUGAGAGGUUGAAUAAAGAUUGA